AUGCGUGUCAGAUACGUAUGUUAUAUCUAUCUGUCUAUCUUAUUAAAACUGAUUUCUAUCUAUCUAUCUAUCUAUCUAUCUAUCUAUCUAUCUAUCUAUCUAUCUAUCUAUCUGAUUCCUUUAAAUAUCUAUCUAUCUAUCUAUCUAUCUAUCUAUCUAUCUAUCUAUCUAUCUAAUUCAAACUGCUUUCUUUCUAUCUUAAUAUCUAUCAACUUGGGGCGGUCUACGUUUGGAAUAUCCCUAUACUUUUUUUGUCUGUCUGUCUAUUUUAUAAAAACUGCUAUCUAUCUGUAUCGCUUCAUUACCUAUCUAUCUAUCUAUCUAUCUAUCUAUCUGUCUGUCUCUUUACCUGUCUGUCUGUCUAUCUAUCAACCUGACUUACUGUCUCUCUCUCUAUCUUUUCAUUAUUUAUUUAUCUAUUUUAUUAAAACUGAUAUCUAUCUCAGUCUCUAUCUUUAUCUUUCAAUUUAUCUAAUCCAACGUCUUUCCCUCUUCAUUUGA